AUGUUUAUUCGAUAUGUUUAUUUUACAUUAAUUUUCAUUUUUCUCAAACAAAUCAUAUCAUGUCCUAUUCCAUUUAAUAUUCAAUCUAAAUGUCGAUGUGCAAUUACUGAAACAGGUCGUGUUUAUAUUUAUUGUGCACGAAAACAAUUAACAGUUAUACCUCAUUUUGAUAACAGCAAUAUUAUUUUCGAUGAACUUGUUUUAUCCGGUAAUCGAAUAUCUACUGUACAUAAAAAUGCAUUUAAUGGUUUAAAAUUACGUAAACUUGAAUUACAAUCAAAUCCUAUUGAAAUAAUUGAAAACAAUGCAUUUAUUGAUUUAGCUAAUUAUUUAGAAGAAUUUAUUCUAUCAACAACAGUUCUUACAUCACAAUUAACAUCUCAUACAUUUCUACAAAUACUUUCUGAAUUACCAAAUUUAAAACGUUUAUCAUUACGUUUAUUUAAUUUAUCAAAUUCAUUAAAUAUAUUAAAUCAUCAAAAUUUAAUAUUAAGAAAAUUAACACAACUUUCAUUACAAUCAUGUUCAAUUAAACAAAUAAAUGAUAUUGACAUAUUUGUUAAUCUAUUUCCUAAUUUAGAACGAUUAGAUUUAUCAGAAAAUCGUUUAGAAUAUUUCAAUAUACCUUUAAUAUCAUCAUUAAAAAAAUUAAAAAUUUUUAUAUUAAGUAAAAAUAAAAUUCGUCAUUUAAAUAUUCAUUCAUCAUUAUCAUCAACAACUCUUAAUCCAUCAAAUUCAUUAAUUGAACUUGAUUUAUCUUAUAAUGGUAUUGAAACAAUUGAUGAAAAUAUAUUUGAAUUAAUCUCAUCUCAACUUGAAAUAUUAAAUUUACGAAAUAAUGAAUUAUUAACUGAAAAUCAUUUAACAUUUUUAAUUCAUUUAAAACGUUUACGUGAAUUUUAUUUGGAUUAUAAUCGUCUUGAAUCAAUAAAUCAAUUAAAUUUUCCAUUAAAUUUAAAAAUUUUAUCAUUAAAAAAUAAUUAUUUAAAUCAAAUUGAUUUAUCAAUAUUAACACGUCUUGAAUAUUUAGAAAAAUUAUUUUUAUCAUCAAAUAAAUUAACAAGAUUAUCAUUAAAAAUUAAACAUAUAUUUUCAUCAUUAGAAAUUCUUGAACUUGAUCGAAAUUAUUUAUCAUCAAUUUUAUCAUUAAAUGCACCAAAAUUAAAACAAUUAAAUCUAGAUGGAAAUUAUCUUGGAAGAAAAUUUGAUAAAAAAUUUUUUUCACAUUUAUCAUCACUUGAAAAACUUCAUUUACGUGAUAAUCAAAUUGAAUUUAUUGAUAAUAAUGUAUUUCAAUAUACACGUUUACAAGUACUUGAUUUAAGAAAUAAUAGUUUGCGAACGUUUCCUUUAUUAACAAAACUCAAUGAAACAUUACAAAUUUUAUCUCUUCGACGCAACCAAAUAUGUACCAUAGAUCAACAUAUCUUAAAUUAUUAUCAAAAUCUUCAAACGCUUGAACUUGAUCAAAAUCCAUUACAUUGUGAUUGUCGAAUGAAAAGAGAUUUCAAACAAAUUAAAGUCACUGGUCAAUGUCAAUCGCCAUCAGAACAACGAAAUAUUAAUUUAAAUGAAUUACCAAAUGAACAAUUAGCAUGUAGUAUGAUGACUACACCACAAUGUUCAUAUCUCACUAGAACAAUAGUUGAUAGUGAAACAGAUACUACAACAACAGCAACAGCAGCAGCAGCAACAACAACAACAACUAUUGUCAAAACUACUGCAAUGAAUAUAGUUGCAGAACUUAUUGACAAUAUUGAUGAACAACAAAACUUAUUCACCACAACAACAACAACAACAACAACAACAAUAAUUAAUAAUUUCUCAUUUGAAUCUAUUCGAAUAGCUGAUUUAAUAAUAACACCAAAUAUUGAUAAAUCUAAAUUAUUAAUUCAAUGGCAAUUACUUCCAUCAAUAAUUGAUGAUAAUUCAAAUGAUGAAUAUCGUCGAGCAUAUUUAGAACAUCAUAAUAUAAAUGGUUUUAAAAUAAGUUCAAAUUUUCCAAUAUAUAAAAUGAGUGAAUUACUCGAUAUUUUACAACGAAAUUAUACAAUAGAAUAUAUUCAACAUGGUGAAAUAUGUCUUUAUCUUCUUUAUAAAAUAAGUUAUGAAAAAUUUUGUAAACAAUUACUAUUUACAUCAACACAAACAUUAAAAUCAUCAUUUAUUAUUGAUCCAAAUCAACAACAACAACAACAACAACAAUCAUGGUAUAUGAAUGAACCAACCAAAAGUAUUUUUAUUGGUUCAAUGUUUGGUAUUCUAUUUGUACUUAUUAUUCUUACAUCGAUUAUUAUAAUUAUAUCUCGUUGUCCAUAUUUAUUAUUUUGUCAUUCACGUUCAUCAAAAUAUCAUCAUAAUAAUGAUUCAAAAAGUGAAUCACUUCUUGUUCGUCCAACACCAACAAAUACCAUUCCAUGGCCAGUACAAUCCCAACAACAUUUUUAUCCUCAUCAACAUCAUCAUCAUCAUCAAUUAAGACCUGUUAGUUAUCAAGCAAGUCUAUCAACUCAAUGUACAUGUCCAACACAUUAUCAUAGUAGUGGUUCAUCAUCAACCGGUGCUAGUUCAUCGUGUAAUCAUGGACAAAAUUAUCAUAUUUAUCAAGAAAUAAUAAAUGAUGAUUUAAAUGCAACAAAUAUAUCGAAUAAUUAUCGAACAUGUCAUCCUUCAAAAAUUGAUGCAAAUUCACCACUAACAUCAUUAUCAACAAAUACAACAAUGAAUUCCGAACAGUGUCAACUAUGCUCGCUUAGUGUACUUGUAUGA